AUGGACGAUGCAGGGCCAUCCAGGGGCGCGGCGUCCAACGAGAGGCCGGCCAGUGCGAUCGCCCAAGCCAUUCGGUGCUCGAUGCGCAUGCUGCGUCGUGCUCCGUCCGAAGGGGAUGCAGGCGAUAUCGCGUCAGGGCUGGCGGCACAAACCUCAAGCCACGGUGUGACGGUGAGCUGUUGUGCACCGGUAGCCAGCAUGACGCAUGCCAGCAGCGUGUCUGUGCCUGUGCCUGGCGACAGUUUUAAUCCGACCGUGGUGCGUGGUGCGUGGUGCGUGGUGCGUGUGCUUCAUUCGAACAGCGGCCGCCUUGCCCUGCCCAGCAUGGACGGUGCUGCACCACGCCGGCCGACAUUUGGACUGGUGCAGAAAGCUGCAGCAGCGUCCUGUCAUGCACUUCCUCCAGCUCUGCGGCCGCUUGGUGGCGGGAUGCCGAGCAAUCAUGGCCUUCCACCAGCACUUGGCCCGCUCAGUGGCGGGAUGCCGAAGAUUCAUGCGGGUGGCCUUCCAUUCGACACCCUUCUUGGCAAGCCCCCGCGGUCCGGGGCCAGUGGACCUCAUCCCGAUGUUGGUCGCCCUGAUCCCGAUUCAACACCAUCGACGACGUGGACGGCAGCAUGUUUCAGCACCCGGCGCCUAAGCCCGUCGCUUCCGCCCUGUUCUCGCGCUGCCGUAGGCUCCCGGUGCGCGACCACGAGAUGGCGUCUCUCCACGGCUGCUGACAUUUGGAAUGCCUGCAUCGCGAUUCGAUUCGACGUCGCCAAUCUAGCUGUUGCUCAAUCCCCCACCUGCGUCCCGCCUGUAGAUCUGGGAUGCACAUCAACACCUGCGAUUGCCGUGCCCAAGUCAUGGCUGCGCACCUUCGUAUCUCGCCAUCCCUCGUGGCUCGAGACGCCAUCUCUCGAGCAUACGUGGUGUCGCCGAGUGCGGCCGACUCCUGAGGUGCGUCGAGUCGUGCACAUAUCGGCCUUGGCCUGCUGGCCGCUACCAGAAAGCCCCGACCUGCAUGCGGCGGAGCCCUCGCCACGAGAACGACCCUCCCAGCCGUGGCCGCAUGUCUCGAGACAUGUCUUUGACUGUUUGUCCACUUAA